GGAGCUGAGGAGAGAGAUUCAGAAUCGACAGGAGAAAGGAUUCUAUGGGUACAGGGUGACACAGUUCUUGAAGAAACUACCACCUAACCAGCAGAAUACGUUUGUUGGAGAUGCCCAACGGGCUUACACACGCAUGGUACAGUACCUGGAAAAGUGGUUUGAUUUCAGUGAAAACUCCUUCUCUAAGUUGUGUGCACCACUCAGUCUGGACAGACCUCUUGACCUAGACGAACUGUGUGCUUUGACUACAAACUUGGACAUUCAAGUGGACGGAGAUGAACUAUUUACAGAAAUGUGUUCGCUGAAUGAUGUGCUACCGACCCUAAAGAGUUCGACAAAUGAUGCUGAAUCGACACUGCGUCGGCAGCAACAAGAGCACCACAAUGUCUCUGAGGUGUGGGUCGAAUUCUUUAAGCGCUGCGAGGCCCCGAACUUACUUAAAAUUGUGCAGCAUGUGCUUGCUAUACCACCCAGCAAUACAUUUGUGGAACGCAUUUUCAGUGUUCUGAAGAACUUGCGGACUGAUGAAAGGAAUCGGCUCCAAGUGGACAUGGCAAAAGCUGAGCUGUUCGUGCACUUCAACUAUCAAAUGACAUGUGCCGAGUUUGCUGGAUUUUUGAAGACGGGGGCGGCUAAGGCGCUUGUGGCAGCAGCAAGAACAUAUCAGAAAUCCCAACCGCUGUCCCCUGAUUGGGCAGACAGGCAGGCUUCAUGUGAGCUGCUCCCAGCCCAGCUCUGCAGGUGGCAGGUCAUGGUGGGUGUGAACGUCAAGGAAGAGAACUCUGAGAAGAUGGCAUCCCCUGGGGCAUUAUGGGAAUAUCCUGGCUUCCAGCAGAAGUGGCUGCAGCCCCAUCCUGAGUGUGUAUCCCAGGAGGCGGGAGAGGGUGAAUCUCCAGGACCCCAGAACAAUGCACCACAUGUCCCCAGAGAGGUGCCCCAGCUGGCAUUUCCAGCGCUGCAGCCUGAGCUCAACUCCUCUCCCCCGCCCGUGAUGAAGAUGGGGCGAGGGUCCCUGGAGCAACCAGCACCAAGAGGGGAGUCCCGGGGCCUGCAGGGGCCGGUGCGGUUUGAGGACGUGGCUGUGACCUUCACGGAGGCGGAGUGGGAGCUGCUGGACGAGGAGCAGAGGGAGCUGUACAGGAACAUCAUGCUGGAGAACUAUUGGAGCCUCCAGUCGCUGGGGUUCCACAUUCCCAAGCCAGAUGUAAUCUCCCGCCUGGAGCAAGGGCAGGUGCCGUGGGCCCCGGAUCCCCUGCCCACCCCUAAAAGGUGCCAUACUACAGGGGCCUGUCACUCCAGACAUUGCACAGAUCCUGGACCAGAAGGCAAAGCACUGCCCUAAGAACCGCAGUCUACAAAUACCACCACAGGAAUGGGAGCGGGGGAGGGGUUGGAAUGGCAUCAACUAUAUUGGGCUAGCAGCUGUAAUUCCCGAAUGCCCCAUUCUGUGUUUUUUUUCCAUUGGUUUAGGGCAAUCCAGGCUGUUUGGCUGAGUCCAGAGGAAUCAGGGGUUUAUGUGUGAUUGACCCAAGUAGAAUGGAAGGUCAAAUAAGGGACAGGAGUGGGCUUCUCUGGCCCACUGAGAAAGUCCCAGUUGUGCUUCCCUUGCCUGUGGAGUCCUGCCCCUGCUCCAACAGCUGGGUGUAAAAUGGCUGGAUUUCACUCCAAAACUAUGACUUCCACCCUGGGCACUUCAGUUCAGUCGUCUUCUUAGGCAGCCGAAAGGGGAUUGCUUUUCAUACUAUAUUCCCCCAGCCCUCUCUCCCAGCAUGCUUUGUCACAGACAAGGCUGUUUAGAUGGCUGUCAUGGUGGAUGAAGCUUCCCAGAAUGCCUUGCCACGGGAACGACUACAAAGAUGGCCAAUAUAAUGGUGGAAGGUUCCCAGACGGGGCCGAGUUAGACAACCCCUCACGACUGGCUUUCCUGUGUUCCAGCCAACGUCAGGGCCACGAGAGGUGGCAAGGAGCUGAGGUGGCGGCAGUAGGAAGCUCCCGAGAGGGUGGCGCUGCCCCAUGUCCCCUCCCCACAGCUGGUGAGCAUGUGGGACCAGUGCCACCCCUACCCCAAAUGCGGUAAAAACUUCCUCACCACCUCGGCCCUGCAGAUGCGUCAGAGGAACUGUUCUGGGGAGAAGCCAUUCCAAUGCAGGGCCUGCAAGCUGCAAUUCAGCCAGGGUUACAGUCUGAUCAAGCACCAGGCCCUGCACAUGCGGAGCGGCCCUACCGGUGCCCGGACUGUAUCCAGCCCUUAUCUUGUGGGUGAGCUAGUGCAGAGCUGUUAGAUUUCUUUUGUACUCGCUUUCUGAGUUUUGAGAUGUUAGGAGCCACAGAUUCCAACCCUUCUUUCCAAGCGUGAGAGCUAAAAAACUCCCUUUUUUAAAUAAAUACAUUGAAAUUUGCUUGUAAUCAUAGGACUCUGGCAGCUGAGGAUUAAAGUAAACCUCCACAUAUCAGGACUGGUGAUAAGAUUGCAACUGCUGAAAUGUUCACUGACUUCCAGGACCAUUGGGUUGCCGUCAGUAAGGGCUGCGGGUGAAAAUGAUGUGUAUACAGAGGGCUUGUCUGCACUACCCUUUAAGUCAAUGUAACUUGCGUUGCUCAGGGGUUUGAAAAAGCCACCCCCCGAGCGACGUAAGUUAGAUCAACUUAAAGCAGUGUCUACAUCAUGCUAUGUUGCGUGAGACGCUCUCCCUCUGCCAUAGCUUCCGCCUCUCGUUAAGGUGGAGUAAUUAAGCUGAUGGGAGAGCGCUCUUCCAGCGGCAUAGUGCGUCUUCACCAGACGCAUUACAGUGGCGCAGUGAGGGUGAUUAACAACUGGAACAAAUUCCCAAGGGAAGUGGUGGAUUCUCCAGCUCCUCAUGUCUUCCAAUCCUGGCUGGAGGAUGCUUUAGCCACACACAAGUCAUUGGGUUCAAUACAAGGGUAAGUGGGUUGAAUUUUCUGGCUUGUGUUACACAGGAGGUCAGACUGGAUGGGCUAAUGGCCUUAAAAAAUAUGAAGUGGUCCAGCCUGAGUCAUCCCCCUGGCACCAGCCUGUCUCAGAGGAAAGCAGCCACGUCACGAAACAACAGCGGGGGCAAGGGCGUACUGUAAUGUCCAGCAUGCACGCAGUCAGAUACUGUACCGGGGGAGCGGUAGAAGCGCUUAUGAUCACCUGCCAAUGAGAGCAACUUUGUUAUGUUCUGGACAGGGGGAAAGCUGUGCCCGGAGAGGAUCUCUUAUUAGCCAUCCACUGAGGAGAGAGAGCAAGAGAUGCCUGACUGGGUGUGUUCCCUGCCAGACACUAGGAUUUGUUGUUCAUACCACAGUAACCCCUGAGUGCUCUAGUUAUGGGUCAGGACCCCUUUGGGCCAAGCGCUGUACAAACACAGAAUCCUAGAGGUUACAGCCUAAGUGAUAGUGAUUAAACUAGUAACCUAGGGACAGCACCAAGGGAAGCCAGUAAUGAGAUCUGGCCAAGAGCCCCGUGUAGAGCUGAGGGGAGACAUGUUUGUAUUGGUGCCUGGGUCUCUGAUUUACACAGGCUAUGAAUUAAACUUCUUGUUUUAA